UCGACGCACCGGUCCCGGCGGGGAAUCCCUCCCCGUGCGGCGCAGGGACCUUAGCGGCUCCGGGCGCGGGCCAGGUGGCGGCGAUGGCCUCGGCGACUGUGGAGAGCUUCGUGACCAAGCAGUUGGACCUGCUGGAGCUCGAAAGAGAAGCGGAGGUCGAGGAGCGCAGGGCCUGGCAGGAAGGCGUCUCUCUGAAAGAACUCCAGAGCCGAGGCGUCUGUCUGCUGAAGCUGCAGCUGUCCAGCCAGCGGACUGGGCUGUACGGGCAGCUCCUGGUGACCUUGGAGCCCCGGAGGGGCGCGUCCGCCGGCCCGCUUCCCAGCAGCAGCCUUUCUUCCGGCGACAUCGUGGGUCUGUACGGUGAGGGCGGUCAGCUGGCCACUGGCGUCCUGACAAAGAUCACCCAGAAGUCGGUCACGGUGGCCUUUGACCAGUCCUGUGAUUUCCAGUUGAGCUUGGACCACCAGAGUUCCUACCGACUGCUGAAACUUGCCAAUGACGUCACUUAUAGGCGACUGAAAACAGCGCUGACUGCCUUGAGGAAGCACCGGGCCAGCCCUGCGUCCUCGCUCAUCGAGGUCCUCUUCGGCAACGCUGCCCCCAGCCCCGCCAGCGACAUACAGGUGCCGGCCUUCUACAACGCCUCCCUGGACGCCUCCCAGCGGGAGGCGGUCUCGUUCGCGCUGUCCCAGAGGGAGCUCGCCAUCAUCCACGGGCCUCCCGGCACUGGAAAAACCACCACCGUGGUGGAGAUCGUCCUUCAGGCCGUGAAUCGGGGCCUCAAGGUCCUGUGCUGCGCGCCCUCCAACGUCGCCGUGGACAACCUGGUGGAGGCCCUGGCUCGGCGCGGGCGGCGGGUGCUGCGCCUCGGGCACCCGGCCCGGCUCCUGGAGUCCAUCCAGCAGCACUGUCUGGACGCGGCGCUGGCGCGUGGCGACAGCGCCCAGAUCGUGGCAGACAUCCGGCGGGACAUCGACCAGGUCUUGGUGAAAAUUAGAAAGACCCAGGAUAAGAGAGAGAAAAGCAGUUUUCGAAACGAAGUCAAGCUGCUGCGGAAGGAGCUGCAGGAGCGGGAAGAGGCCGCCGCACGGCACAGCCUGCAGUCAGCGGACGUGAUCCUGGCAACAAACACAGGCGCAUCUCCCGACGGCCCCCUGAAGCUGCUGCCCGACUACUCCUUCGACCUGGUGGUCAUUGACGAGUGUGCCCAGGCCCUGGAGGCCAGCUGCUGGGUGCCCCUGCUGAAGGCCCGCAAGUGCGUCCUUGCCGGGGACCACAAGCAGCUGCCCCCCACCGUUGUCUCUCCCAAGGCCGCGCUGGCGGGUUUGUCCCUCAGCCUGAUGGAGCGCCUGGCCGGGCAGUGCGGCGCGGGCGUGCUGCGGAUGCUGACGGUGCAGUACCGCAUGCACCGGGCCAUCAUGCAGUGGGCCUCUGAGGCCCUGUACGAGGGGCGGCUCACGGCGCACCCGUCCGUGGCGGAGCGCCUCCUGCGGGACCUCCCAGGAGUGGCGGCCACCGAGGAGACGGGCCUGCCGCUGCUGCUGGUGGACACUGCUGGCUGUGGGCUGUCUGAGCUGGAGCAGGAGGACGAGCAGUCUCGGGGCAACCCCGGAGAGGUGCGCCUGGUUAGUCUGCACGUCCAGGCCCUGGUGGACGCUGGCGUCCGUGCGAGUGACAUUGCAGUCAUCACGCCGUACAACCUGCAGGUGGACCUGCUCCGGCAGAGCCUCUCCCACAGGCACCCAGAGCUGGAAAUCAAGUCCGUCGAUGGCUUCCAAGGCCGCGAGAAGGAGGCCGUGGUCCUGUCCUUCGUCAGGUCCAACCGGAAGGGUGAGGUUGGUUUCCUUGCCGAGGACCGGAGGAUCAACGUCGCCGUCACCCGUGCUCGGCGCCAUGUGGCGGUCAUCUGCGAUUCUCGCACCGUCAGCAGCCACGCCUUCCUGAAGGCCCUGCUGGAUUAUUUCGCUGAGCACGGGGAGGUGCGCACCGCCUUCGAGUAUCUCGACGACAUCGUCCCUGAGAACUAUUCCCACGAGAGUUCCCAGGGCCAGGUGGGCGCGCAGCCCCAAGGCUCCGCCACGUCUGCCGUGAAGCCUGGAACCAGGCGACUCGAGGGAGUUGGGGAGGCCAGAGCGGCUGCCAGGCCGGCCCAGAGGACGCGGGGCGGGAAGCCUUCGGGCUCCGAGGCCCACUCCCAGCCCAGCCUCAACGGAGGCGGCCCAGAGCGGGCGGAGGGCAGGGACGGCGCAGACCGCUUCAGGGCUGUGAUAGCGGAGUUUGUGGCAAGCGAGCGAGUGCAGUUGGAGUUUCCUGCCUCCCUGAACUCACACGACAGGCUGCGCAUCCACCAGAUAGCCGAGGAGUACCAGCUGAGGCACGGCAGCGCCGGGGAGGGGAGGAGCAGGUACAUCACUGUGAGCAAGAGAGCCCUGCCGGCCACCCCGGCCGCGCCAGCCACCUCAGCCAUGCCUGCCACCCCGUCCACACCGGCCGUGCCUGCCACCGGGGCCACGCCAGCUGCCCCACCCCUGGCAGGGGCUGACAGCCAAGCCCCUCUUCGACCUGAGCCCCCCAGCCCCGUGCGCGAGGAGCCGCCCGCCGGAGAGCCGAGCGGCCUGGACCUGAGGGCCGUGCACCUGGACAGGCUGCAGAGGGAGAGGGCCCGGCAGGAGCAGCAGGUCCGGGAGCGGCCGCAGGCCGCGGGCUUGGGGCCUCGCAAGUGCCCAGAAAAGAAAAAGAAAAAAGGUGCAAAAGGACCCGAGGCCCUCAGUCUGCCCGCUGUGGAGGACUUCGAUGCCCUGGUCUCUGCUGCUGUGAGGGCUGACAAUGCCUGUAGCUUUGCCAAGUGCACGGCCAGUGUCGUGACCCUGGGCCAGCUCUGCUUGCACUGCGGCCGCCGCUACUGCCUCAGCCACUGCCUGCCUGAGAUCCACGGCUGUGGGGAGCAGGCUCGCGCCCACGCCCGGCAGAGAAUCAGCCGGGAGGGGGUCUUGCACGCCGGCAGCGGGACCAAGGACCGGUCCCUGGACCCAGCCAAGAGGGCGCAGCUCCAGCGGAGGCUGGACAAGAAGCUGAACGAGCUGACCGGCCAGAGGAAGAGCAAACGGAGGGAGGAGAAGUGACCCAGGUCCUCCCACGCGGCUUCCAGACUUCGUUUCUGAACAGACGGGUGGGGUGAGAAGGCCGCCCCUGGGUGCUUCUGCUCCUCUAGCUGCACCCGGGGCCGGUGUGAGCCCGCCGGUUGGAGCCAACCCGCACCGCCUCCUCCAGGGCUCUGUGCCUCCUGGGGCCUGUGGGAGGAAGGCCGGGCUUUCGGGACCAGGAGAAGCCGGCAGUGGGAGGGGAGGGGAGGGGUGGGCCUCUCUCGGGGCCUGGUGCUCCAGGCCCGGGAAUGCUGUGACCCCUUCUCCCCAGACCGCCCCCCGCUUCCUUCUCUCCCAGUCAAACCCGAGAUUCCAGUGCCUGAAUUCCUGCUGCCACGAGGGAGAGAAAGGCCCUGUUCCCUUGGAGAUGUGCCCAGGCCUGUCCACUGUCUGGGGCUGGCCGGCCUCAAGCCCUUCGGGGAGAGAGAGGGCUGGUGUGCGCGGUGCCGGCCCCGCUGAGCACUCCCCCCCGAGUGUCCCCAGCAGCCGGCUCACCCUUCCUUGGAGCCGUGGCUGCCCCAAGGCCGCUCUCCCCUGUCGGCUGUCCCUGGUGCCUACAGCGACCCCACCCUGACCCCGCAGGGCAGCAGGUGCUGCUGUGAAAUCGGGGGUCAGACUGGGGUGUGGCUCCUGAAGGCCCCCUGGCCCCUGCGAGCCUGCCCUUGGCACUGGCGUUGGGACCAGCUGCCAUGGCUGCCAUGGGGGGACCGUCGUGGGAAGGAGCCGUCCCAGAGCCCGGGGCCCCGAGGGCUCCGUGUCCUUUGCCAGCUGCUUUGUUGUGAGAACCUCAGGUGGACGUGCUAUUUUGGUCUCAGGGUUUUGCUUGUUUGGAAGGGAUAUAAGUUAUUUAAAAAUUAAAGAGGUG